AGAAUGAAUAGAUUUAAUAAUAAGUUAAUAAAACGUCAAUUGCUUUUAUUUGAUAUUUUAUCGAUCAGCUGGUAAAAGUCGAAAAUAUUUAACUUUUAUGGCCGGUGUCACUACAAAUAAACCAAGUAGCUUUAAAGUUUUCGAAAACUUAAUUUUCGAGUGUAAUUGCAAUCGUUUAAAUGUAAUCACGCUGCAAACAAUGGUUUGAAAUUUUGGAUUUGUAUUUACGAAUAGUCACACAUUUAUAUACAUAUAUAUAUGUAUAUGAUUUUGACAUUAGAUUUUUGAAGGAAUUAAAAAUUAAAUCAAAAAUUAUUUCGAUGCGUGAAUACUCCACGAGGACAAUUUUAAUUUUUUAUUCGUUUUUUUUUUAUGUAAAUUUAUAAAUGACCAUUAAAGUAUUAUGUUAUACAAUAUUAAUAUAAAAAAAAUACAAAUGUGUUGAUAAUGAUAUAAAUAUUUCCGUUUUUAUAUAAUUUUUGGGGAUUUUUCCUCAAGAUAAAAAAUGUGAAAAAAAUUAUAAUUAUUAUAAGUGAUAGUCUACUGAACAAUAUUAGAAAAGAAAAAUUCAUACAUAAUAUAAAAAUGGCAUCAACGAGCAAUUCCGAUUCGGUUCCUUUAAUUAACAACGAUAAUACUGUUUCUUAUUUAAGAAAAGUUGGAAGUGCUGCUUUUUAUGGAGUAUCAUCAUUUAUGAUUACAGUAGUCAAUAAGACUGUGUUAACUUCAUAUAGUUUUCCAUCAUUUUUGUUCCUCAGUUUAGGUCAAAUGAUAGCCAGCAUAUUAGUGUUAUAUAUUGGCCGGAAAAUUCGUCUAGUUUCAUUUCCAAAUUUUAGUAAGGAUUCAUUUACAAAAAUAUUUCCUUUGCCCUUAAUAUAUCUUGGAAAUAUGAUGUUCGGGCUAGGUGGUACACAGGCUUUAAGUUUACCAAUGUUUGCUGCAUUACGAAGAUUCUCGAUAUUAAUGACAAUGCUGUUAGAAUUAAAAAUUUUAGGUGUACGCCCAACAUUUGCAGUUCAAGUUAGUGUAUAUGCUAUGAUCGGUGGAGCGUUGUUAGCAGCAAGUGAUGAUCUAUCAUUUAAUAUGCAUGGAUAUAUUUUUGUUAUGAUUACUAAUGCUCUAACAGCAGCAAAUGGUGUUUAUUCAAAAAAAAAAUUAGAAGCAAAUGAAAUGGGUAAAUAUGGCUUAAUGUUUUAUAAUUCAUUAUUUAUGAUUUUACCAGCAACAAUUGGAACAUAUUUAAUUGGAGAUUUGAAAAAAGCAAUUGAAUAUCCACAAUGGAAUGAACCAUUCUUUGUAAUACAAUUUUUGUUAUCCUGUGUUAUGGGUUUCAUAUUAUCGUAUAGUACAAUAUUAUGUACCCAUUAUAAUUCAGCAUUGACAACAACAAUAGUUGGUUGCUUAAAAAACAUUUGUGUAACAUAUUUAGGAAUGUUCAUUGGUGGUGAUUAUGUUUUUUCAUGGUUAAAUUGUAUUGGUAUAAAUAUAAGUGUUUUCGGUAGUUUAUUAUACACAUAUGUUACAUUUAGAAGAAAACAAGCGCCUGAUAAGAAUAUUAGAAAUGAUAAGAUUGAGUCGGUAUAGCAAAAAAAGUUAUUAGCUACAUUUUUCUUUUUUUAAAAAAUUACUCAUUUGAACAAAAAGAACAAAUUUUUUUAUAUAUUUAAGUGAAAUUAUAAUGUUUAGUAUUAAAGAAGUAAAACUUGUAAAUAACAUGUAAAAUGAGAAAACUGUAUAUUUGAUAACUUUUUAAACAAUAUUAAUAUUAAAAAUGUAAUUUUUAGGAAAUAAGUAGGUAAAUAUCUACCUAACCACAUGUAAUUGUAAAAAAAGAAAAUUUGCCAUUAUUUAUUUUAAAAACUGUAUUUAUAUUAAUAUUGAUAUUUUUUAACUAGUCAAUAGAAUGGUCAGAAAUUUUUGAAUUUUAAUUAGGUACAAUGAUUUUAUCUCAGUACCAAGUUACUUAAAAUUCUGAAAAUAUUGUCGUAUGACAAACAUGUUUGUUUUAAAAAAAUCCACCGUUUGUAUUUUUAAUACUUCAUUUUUUAUAAUUUUUUUUUUUAUUUUUCUUCUCCUGAUA